AUGGCUGCCAGUAAAGAGGUCAAGUCUCUUCUUAAAUCAGCUCGUUCUGCUCUAGAUAGAGAAGACUAUCCUGAGGCUAUCAAACAGUGUCAGGCUAUAUUCUGGCAUGAUGACACUCAUUACCUUGCUCAUGUGUUGUGUGGUAAAGCUCAUUUACUGUUGAAAGAAAUAGGAGAGGCCAGACACCAGUACAGGAUAGCAAUAACCUCUAAUGAGAAGGAAAUACUGGCCUGGAAGGGCUUGGCAGAUUUGUAUGAUAAGUACAGCCCAGGGGAUAAAGAUGAAAAGUUGGUAGCAAUAAAGACUUACAGUUAUAUACUAAACACUGUGACUGGAGAUGGAGAAAAAGAAUUCAAUUUAUAUUGUAAACUUGCUCCAUUAUAUGUGGAUGUAGGCCAAUUAGAAAAGACCCAGUGGCAGCUAAUUGAAGGCAGUUAUAAAUCCUUCCUUUCUUCUCUGACAGAGACUAAGAGGAUAGAGAUACAAACAUUAUUCAUUAGCUCCUGCAUGGAAUGGAUUAAGUUAGUGGAAGAUGAAGAAGUGAUUGAUAGUUUAUUGAAGACGGUACAAGAGGAAUGUGAAAUCUUAGAAAGUAAAGAGAGCCAAGAGACAUUACUCCAGCUGGAGAUAUGGAAGUGUUUAAAAGGAACAGUCUCUUCACCAGACUCCUGUGAGGGCUGGUUCGUAUCAUGUGUUUGCCACAUGAAGGCACACAACUAUGAAGUUGUCAUUAAUAAUGCUUGGAAAGGAUUAGAAGCUUUGGGAAGUUUGCCUUGUUUCAUACGGAGACAAGUAACGUGUUCAUUCCAUCUUUUAUUAAUUGAGGCUCAACUCCUAGAGGGUAAUCAUAAACAAGAGGCAUUGACUUUAUGUGAAAAAUUGUACAGUGAGUCAUGUGACUGUCAUGUGAUCAAACUGUACGUUAAGGCUCUCAUUGCUAAUGGAAUGAUACAUGAAGCUGAAGGAAUUAUUAAUGAUAAAGCUUCCUCACUGAACGAAGAGAAAGGAAUACUGAAUGAAUUAAAGGGUCAUUUAUUUGUGGCUAGAGGUAAUUUCGAUCAAGCACAUGACAAUUUUCAGUUAGCUAUAAAUGAGUGUUCUCAGCUCAGUGAGUAUCAUUAUUGGGCUGGUUAUACUGACUGGUAUAAUGGAAACAGAACAAAGUCUUAUCCUUCACUGGUGAAGGCAGGUCAGUUGGAUAGUUAUAACCCAGCUGUAUUUAAUAUGCUGGGACGCUAUCAGAGAUACGUUGCUAAUGAUAUCAAUCGUGCUGUUAAAUGUUAUAAAAAGGCAUUUACUAUUAAUCCUGGUCUCACUGAGGCAGGGAUAUCAUUAGGGGAGUGUCUGUCAGCAUUGGGUGAAGAGGAAUCUGCUUAUGAAGUUUAUGUCAAAAUUACAGAAAAUUCUCCACCUACAGAGGUAGCAGCUAUGCAACAGUUGAUUGGUCUAUUAUCUGAAGCUGUUGCCAGCUACACACGAGUCCUUGAGCUGCAGGAUGAUUAUGUACCAGCUUUGAAAGGUAAUGGAGGAAUAGUUGAGAAUUGUAGAGCUGAGAGCUAUUACAAGUUAUCACUGCUAGCCAUCAAUAAUGUACUGGACUCCAAAGCUGUCUCCUAUGUAUCACUUGCUCUUAUUGAUCUAUCCAAAGCAGUAAAGCUAAAACCCUCAUUCAUUAGUCUGUGGAAACUGAUUGGAGAUUCUUGUCUCUCCUUAUAUGGCAUUGCCGAAACUGUUGCUAGGGUCAGUGUUCCUUCCGAGUUGCUAGGCAACA